AUGGAUAAGUAUGUCACAAGAUCAAAAAUUGGGUAUCCAUGUUCUAGCUCUACCAAUCCAUCUACUGCUUCAACCAUAGCUCCGAAAAUUCAAAAGAAAAUAUUUAUUUCAGAUGUUGAUUUAGAAUCUCUUGAAGCUGAUCCGGGAAUUAGAAAGCCCAUUGCAGAGUAUAAUCCUAAUAUACGUGAUGAUAUUAGGAGAUAUUAUAUUCAUAAAAAGCCUUGCCAACCUAAGGAUCAUAAAUUUCCUAAAACUAAGUUUGGGAAGGAAAUGCAGCAGUUCUUUCCUAAUUGGUUUAAGGAUCGUAAGUGGUUGGAGUAUAGCAUAACAAAAGAUGUUGCAUUCUGUUUGUGUUGCUACUUGUUUAAAAAUGAAUAUGAAAGUCGUGGAGAUGUGGUUUAUGCUGCUUUUACGAAGACCGGCUUUAGAGCUUGGAACAAAGCUACAGAAAGAUUUAGAGCUCAUGUUGGAGAUGUAAAUAGCAUCCACUACAAGUGUUUCAACAAGAUGCUUGAUUUGAUGAAUGAAUCACAAUCAAUACGCACUUCAUUUGAUAAAAAAUCCAAGAAAGAAAAAAGUGAGUCUGGACGUCGUUUGAGUGCUUCAGUUGAUGUGACAAGAUUUCUCUUGAAAUUAGGAUUAUCAUUUCGUGGACAUGAUUAG